CCCUCUUCACUACGGUCUGUAGUAGCCGUUGACGGCUCUUGUAGUGACGGAGCAAUUCUCCUGUAAUAUUUUUUCUUUUGUUUUGUGGAAAAAGAAAAAGGAGUACAAGUAAGCCGCUUUACACACUUCAAUCUCCAGUAUCCCCGCUCUGGUUUUAUAAUAUAAAUCAAUAACAUAAAUCAAUUUGUAGUUGGAGCUAGCGAGCUAGGGACAGGGUAAACGUUACUUGCUAGCACCAGCGUGAGCAAUAAGCUAGUGAGCUAACGUGAUUACAUUAUUCUGCCGUACAACCUCGAGACAAGUCGGGACAAGACCAGUCUCAGGGCUCACCAUACUCAAUGAGCGGACAGCGCAAUGUCAGAGCGCUCUGGGCAAACUGCAAAGGGGAAGGAUGGCAAAUCGAAGUAUGCAUCUCUCAACCUGUUUGAUACCUACAAAGGAAAGAGCCUUGAAGCACAAAAGCCUGUUGUUCCCCCCCGCCAUGGCCUGCAGUCUCUUGGUAAAGUUGCCUCCGCGCGGCGCAUGCCACCCCCUGCCAGCUUGCCCAGUCUGAAGGCAGAGAACAAAGGCAACGAUCCCAACGUCUCGCUCGUUCCCAAAGACGGCACAGGAUGGGCAAGCAAGCAGGAACCAGCAGACCCAAAGAGUACCGAUGUAUUAUCAGCACCGCAGCUGGAGUCGCAGCAGCCUGUGGUUUCACAGACGCCUGCACCGAUCCGCCCGAGAACCCCGCCAGCUCCAGAGGUUCUGCCUCCGGUUGCGGCCACGGUUUCAGCCCAGGCCGCAGGGGCAAGGUCCUGGGCUCAGGCCAGUGUUACACAUGGAGCACAAGGAGAUGGUGGAAAGGGAUCAAACCAACGGUCGCCAUUCUCUCGCGAGGAAUUUCCCACCCUGCAGGCGGCUGGCGACCAGGACAAAGCUGGCAGGGAACAGGGCACUGCAGAUCAGUUGUAUGGGCCCGGACCAAGCCUCCGCCCCCCGAACAUGACGAGCUGGCGGGACGGUGGGGGCCGUGCCCUGGUGCCCACCGGAGAGGGGGUCGAAGAGGGUGGCCCGGGCGGGGCGCUGGCAAUGGAGGGGGCGGCCGGUGGUGGCCAGGCAGGCCCCCCUCCUCUCCAGCAGCAGCAGAACCUCCAGUCCCAUGGGCCGCCUAGGAACCCCCCUGCCGGCAGCCCUGGCUUGCCCCAGCCCCCCAUGGGCCCCGGGUUUCCCCAGUACAGAGGGAUUAUGCCUCCAUUCAUGUACCCUCCUUACCUGCCCUUCCCGCCUCCCUAUGGCCCCCAGGGGCCCUACAGGUAUCCCCCGCCUGGUGAGGCCCCUCCCAGGUUUCGCCAGCAGGGUCAGGACGGUCGCGGGCGUCCCCGUGGUGGGGGAGGAGAGAUGGUGAAGAGACCCUCAAUCCUGAAGCAGGACGACCUGAAGGAGCUAGAUGAACUUGACCACCAGGACGGAGACGAGGGCUGGGCAGGGGCACACGAGGAGAUCGACUACUCGGCCAAGUUGAAGUUCAGCGAUGAUGAAGGAGAAGAAGAGGGGGAUGAGGAGAGGAACGAGAGACCCGAGAGGAGUGAAAGAAGCGAGAGCAAGAACGGCUCACGGGAGAUACAGAGGUCUCAGGAAGGUCCCCCUCAGGUGGUCCAGCGCUCCCGAGCCUCUGACAGCGGAGGGGACAGGGACACCCGCCGCACCCCUCCCUCCAACGCUGACCACGACGGCCCCCCACCCCCCUCCAGCAAGCCAGGAUGGGCCGAGGAGGGGGGCAACAGCGGCUGGGGGGGCCAAGGCGCCCAUGCCACCUACCAGGGACGUAGGUCUGGACUGGGUGGCCCCCGGGAGCAGGCCUCCCCCCCACCAGGGUCUCUCCUCCACCAGGGACAGGGGCCUUACUCCUACUACCGACAGGACCGCAACUCCCCUAAUCAGUCCGGCCCGGUGGUAGCCCCUGAAACUGUCUCUGCCUCCCUGGCCCCCGGGAAGCCCGCCCCCUCCUCGCAGCUCCAACAGCAGCAGACUACUUCCCCAGUCCCCGGAGGCCCCACCCCUCCACCUCAGACUACCGGCCUGCUUGCCCCACCCCCGGGCGAAGACGAGGACGAGACGUGGCGCCAGCGCAGGAAGCAGUCCUCCUCUGAGAUCUCGGCCGCUGUUGAACGUGCCCGCCGGCGCCGAGAGGAGGAGGAGCGAAGGAUGGAGGAAGAGCGGCGCGCGGCCUGCGCUGAGAAGCUGAAGAGGCUGGAUGAAAAGGCCCAGCAGCAGGGUGGUGGUGGGAGCAGCGGAGGCUCCAAGCCCUCCAGUCUGGACGGCAAUUCCACCACGGCCGGAUGCCCCAGCCCUUCACUGUCUGCCACGGCCUCCUCCCCCAACAUCAGCCAGCCCCCGUCCCCCUGCGUGGACCUUGAGGAGCCCCCCCUGGCUGCCCAGGCUGUGACCAGGGACCUAGUGCCAGGGCCAAGUCCCACCGACAGACAGAGGGCCAAUAGCAACAGCAGCUAUGACUCCAAUGCUGAUGCCCAGGUGUGUCCCCAGCCCACCACUCCUCAGCUGCAGCAGCCUCCUCUGGAGGUCCUGGUGCCUGGGGAGGGGAAGGAGGAGAUGCUAGGUAGUGCUCACGUCCGCAGCGGAGGAGGUGGUGGUGGAGGAGUGGUAGACCCAGUGAAGGUAGAGAGCAUGGGAGGAGGAGCAAGUCGCCAAGCCAGCGGCCCCCCCGGACAGGGCUACUCCAAGUACCAGAAGUCCCUGCCUCCCCGCUUCCAGAGACAGCAACAGGAGCAGCUGAUGAAGCAGCAGCAGCAGUGGCAGCAGCAGCACAGCCAAGCAGCCCAACAGAGCCAGCAGCAGCUCCCGCCCCAGCAGCCUCAGCAGGCCCCCCAGCAGCAGGGCCCUUCUCCGGGGGCCACCGCUCAGACCCAGGGUCCGAAGCAGCAGCAGUCAGGGCCCCUGCAGUACCCUCCACAGGGCUCCAUGGGCCGCGGCCCCCCGCCCUUGCCCAUGAACUUUGACCCACGCUGGAUGAUGAUGCCCUACAUGGACCCCCGGAUGAUGCAGGGGGGCAUGCAGGGUCGCCCUCCAGGGCCCAUGGACUACUACCCGCCCAACAUGCAACAUGCAGGGAUGAUGGGGAGAGAGCGCUCUGAUUCGGGGGGCUCUGGUUCGGACACCUUUGACAGGCAGCAGCACCCGAGACACCCCCACCGUGGGACACCUCCCAUGGACCCAAAACUGGCCUGGGGGCCCGAGGUGUUCCCCGGGGGCAGCGAAGGCAGGGGACUGAGCUCCCCUCUGAGACCGAAGCAGGCACUGGAAGAGGACGAUGUCAGUGGCAAAGGGCCUAGGAGUGACACCCCUCCAGUCCGUGGUAUGCGAGAGGGAGGGCCAGGGCCCAUCCAGCAGCCCAACUCUGGCUCGGGCUCCUCCAACCAGACCCCACCCCCUGUGGGCACUCAGGUGGGGGGCCAGGGAGGAGGCAGCCACCACCCCCACCACCACCAGUCCUACAUGGGCGGCCGGGGAAACUACAGCAACUUCCCCGACCAGGGCUCCCGCAUGGCCUCCCAGCAGCAGCAGCAGCAGCAGCAGAGGGGGAGUGGUGGAGGCUUCAGCCACCAGGAUGAGGGCCAGGGCCACAAGGGUGGCCAGCAACAGGGACAGAUCUGGGGGUUCUCCCACCCCCACUACGACCGCAACGGGCGAGCUGACCUCUCCUCCCUGGAGAAUAACAACCUCCACCACCCUCAACACCAACAACACCAUGGUCAUCAACAACACCAAGGCCCCUCCCACUUCCCCCUCCACCCCCACAAGCCCGAGAAUGGCCGCGGUGAGAGAGGAAGCGAAGCCCCCAAGAAGGGUGACCCCCCGCUCCAACAGCCGUCCCUCUCCUCUUGCUCAUCCUCCUCCUCCUCGUCAUCCUCGGCCAGGGAGGACGGCAGCGGCAAGGCGGUCUUGCAUCUCCUCCCACCUCAGCGCAAGGCCGAUACAGGAACCGGGCAGAGACAUGAAGCAGGAAGCAGCAGAGAGAUGAAGCAGGAUAAGAUGGGCCCUAGCCACAGCCACUCUCAGUCUUCUGUGACGUCUCAGCAGUCCCAUCCUCAGUCCCAGCAGCAGCCCCAACAGCAGCAGAGGCAGGGCCAGGAGCAGCACCACCACCGUGACCCCAAGCCCAACCAGCGGGAGAAAGGGGGGAGGGAACACAAGACUGAGACCCAGUGGGGGCCACGGCCCGGCAGCAGCAACGCAGGAGGCCCCUCACACAACAGGAGAGCAGUGGGCGGAAACUCCCGCGGAGGGGAGGAUUCAUCCAAUCACCCAACAGCGUCUGACCACAACAAACCCUCCGGCGGCCAAUCGGGUGGCGGCAACACCAACAAGAGGGCAGGGCCUAUCAAGAGGCCUGUGCUGAAGGAAAUGAAGAGAGAGGGAGGCGAGGGAGGAGAAAAGACCAGUGGAGGAGGCUCUGGAAAAGACAAAGAAGAAAGACAAGAUGGAGGCCAUUCAUCAGUCAAGCAGGAAACAUCCUCCGGCCCACAGAGCACCUCUGCAGUGUCUGGUAAAGAAGAGCCGGCUCAGACCGGUCCCAAACCCAGAAACGGAUGGAAGGACCGAGCGGGGAACGAACGAGGAGGAGUGGGCAAGGGUCACAAAGACUGUGUCAACCCCACCCCCUCAUCAGGGUACUCCGGCCCCCCUUCCAACAGGCGGGACAGAGAGCGCUCGUUCGAGAGGGGCGGGGGCGUAUCCUACCAUGGCGUCUCGGCCCGUGGCAGCAGAGCCAGCAGAGGACGAGGUGGCGAGUUCUACGGACGCGGCCGGGGUUACCGGGGCACUUACACGGGCACGGCCGGGGGUGGCAGCGUUAGCCGUGGCAGGGCAGCAGGCAGCAGGAGCAGCCGGGACUACCGAGCUGGCGGAGGCUACCACCAGGAAUUCAAUGACGAGGCAUCGGGGGGAAGGCGCAGCCGAGGGGGGUCGCAGGCCAACCCGGGGCGCACCCGUAACCACAGCGAGACCCGCAGUGAGGGUUCCGAAUACGAGGAGGUCCCCAAGAGGAGGCGGCAGAGGGGGUCGGAGACGGGCAGCGAGAGUGCCGCCAGCGACCUGGCCCAGUCGGACAAGGAAGACCGCAAGUCCAGCACCAAGAAUGGCAGCGGCACAGAUAACUUUACCAGUGGCGGCUCCGUCCCACCCAGAGGCUCCCAGGCCCGGGUGUUCACCCCCAGAGGCGUACCCUCUAGGAGGGGCAGGGGGGGUGGCGGCGGCGGGGGAGGAGGAGGCGGCAGCAUCUAUAGAAGUGGUGGAGGCGGAGGAGGAAUGGCUGGAGGUCACAGGUCAGGAUCCAGGGCCGACCCUCAAGGCUGGGCCACCAAGUCCUCAGCCUCGGUCCGCAAGCAGCAGGCCCAAAUGCAGUCGUCCGCACCCAAAGACACGGGUCGUGGAACCAGCGGGGAGAAGGAGAAGGCAGCGGACGGAAGCCAAGCUCAGAAUCAGGGAGGAGAAACCCCUCCACAAUCUAUCCUUGCUGCACCUACUCUAGCCCCACAGGACUCCAUGGAGAACGGAGGAGUUGGAAUCCAGCAGUCCACGGCUAAUCCCACUACAAACUCCAGCGGCCCCCUUCCUCUCCCUCUCUCCGGCCCGGACGGGCGUGGCUUCCCUUGCGUCCCACGGGAUGGCUUUGAGCGCCCCCCGAGACGCCGUCGCCACGGGCGCUCCCAGCACCAACAGGACAAGCCACCGCGCUUCCGCCGGCUGAAGGAGCGAGAGAACGCCGCUCGCAUCAACGGAGGAGGAGUCGGGGUCAUCGGAGGAGGACGACCUUCCUCGCCCUGCCAGAAUUACAUUCAGGAUGUCACCGACGGUGCUCACAACGCGGUGCCCACGACCGGCACUGCCCCCAACGCUAACCACAAUGCUACCACAACUACCAACAACAACAGCAGUACCGGCGGCCAUCUUGGAAAUGUCAACAGUCACCACCAUCACUACAACCAGGGCAACUCCGGCCCUGCCCACUCUCAGCGUCACCACAACCACAACCCAGCAGGGGGCGCCAAAUCCCCUGACUUCUCCAACCAGAACUCAGACCAGGCCAACGAGGAGUGGGAGACAGCCUCUGAGAGCAGUGACUUCACAGAGUUCCGGGAGAGGGAAGGAGGAGGAGGAGGAGGGAAGUCCUAUUCCUCCCAUCACCAUCAUCACCCACCCGGAAGAGGAGGUGGAGGCGGAGGCGGGGGGGGAGGAGGGGUCGGAGAGCGAGAGAUGACUGCGAAGGAGCAGGCGGCAAACAAGAGAAGCUUCUCUAGCCAGCGUCCUGGUAUGGAGCGACAGAACAGGAGGGUCAAUGCUGGAGGAAGAGAAGGAGGAGGGGGAGGAAGAGGCCCGCGGGGCCCGCCCAGUGGGGGAGGAGGCGGAGCUGGAAACGGAGGGGGCCAACGCGGCGAGCGCCGUGGAAACUGGCCCUCCCCCAAAAACAGGAAGUGAAGUGGAAGAUCUGGAAACAUUUCAAAUGCAUCCCCCCCGCCCACCCCUCUUCUUUAUCCCUUUCUGUCUCUAUCAUUCCUUCAGCCUCUAUCUGUUCUCAUCCCUUAACAUAUUAGCACAUUAUUGUACAAUACAUAGUUAUGGAGACAGUGUACACACUCACGUUAAACCCCUCCUCGCUUCUUUCUCUCUUCAUCCAUCUGCUAUCUACCGUCCGUUAUUGUAGUGUCACUCUGCUCCCUCCCUGUCAUGCUCCCCCCUUUUCAGUUGUCCCCCCACCCUCCAGAAAUCCACCCAAAUUUAGGUUUCAGCAGACACGCUUGUUCUGAACGCACACCUCUUUUGACUGAAAACAUAAAAAAAUAAACAUGUUUGCAUUUACAAGCACAAUAUGACAUAUAACAGACAUACACAACCACGUGCAGUAGUGUGUGUGUACGCAGUGUGACAUGUCAUGAUAAACAUGUUGGAGGAAUUGGCUAGCCAGGAGAAGGCAGAUUUUUAUAUUGAUGUUACCUGUGUAUAUUUCUACCACGGUUGGGGUGGUAUUCGGUAGGGCAGUUAUCUGCAUUAUAUUUUCCCAUAUGGAGGGGGGGGGGGGGGGUUCUUCUUUUAACAAGAACAAUUGUACCAUAGAUUAUAAAAAAUUAUCUACCUUGUUUUUUCCCCCUCCUUUGUCAGUUUUGUUUCAGCCCCCCCCCUCCCCUCCCCCCCCCUAAAAGGUUAGGGAUGUGUAUUUUUUUCUUCUGCAAAGCAGGUCAUUAAAAUACCUUUUUAUACAACUCUCACCUCCCUCUGAGUUUUUAAUCUCCUGAUCUGUUUAAUUACUGUGACAGCCACAACAGACCAAUUGAAGUACUACUGCUCACCCAUCCACACUCCUCAUAUUGAUUGUGUCUCUAUCAAUGUCUUUGCUGCUUGUUCAGAAGUAUGCGGUGUGAUUUUAAUUUUUGUUGACCUGCUCUUAUUACUUUCCAUAGCUCUUUUGGUCCUGUUAGAUAAAAGGCUCUCUCAACAUAGCAUUCUCUUCUCCGUUUUGCAGAAGAAAGAUUCUCUCAUGUUCAUUUGGAAGUUUUUAACCCUAAGAAGACUGAAUUGAUAGCUUGAAUGCUUUAUAUAUAGAUAUAAACAUUUUCUGUGGAGGCCAUUUUUUUUCUCAAUAUAUAUUCUCAUUACAUUUCUUGUCAGGGAAAAAUGUGUUCAAUGAAAAUGCAAGUCACAUUGCGAGAAGUAAAUACAAAGUUAUUUGCUCUUAUUUUAAGAUACUGUUUGACUAUUCUUUUUACUUUGAGAAAAUAUGUUUUGCUUCAAGAGGUAAGAGUCCACACCUAUAGUAUAAAGAAAUGGUUGGUGUAUUUUUAUUGAGCAAAGUUACAUUAUGCACCAGGUAUUGUACUCUUGUUACAGUGCUAAGUUUGGCCAUCGGCGUAUUGUACUUUUAUUAUAUUUACUCUGCUGUCCUACUCAAUGCAGGAAGGCUCUCUACUUAAACACAACGAACUGCACUGUGCUGUAGAAGAGACAUCUGUAACAAAAGUAAGGCAGGCAAGAGCUCCAUAUUGAGGAAGUAUUUUCAAAGCGUACAUUAUUUCAAGAUGGCCUUUCUAAAACCUCGAUGGCAACUAUAUAGCUCAAUUGAACUGAAUCUUGGACUAUGGUGGGCAGGGGUAAGGGUGGCCUGUUGUCACACCAGUGAUUUCCCACAUUUCCAAAUACAUUUGCAAGGUAUAAUAUUAUUCUCCAAGAGUGUUACAGGGAAUACAUGGGUUUAGAAUUUUUUAUGUCACUGACAGAUGUAUCACACAACUACAAAAUGGCACACAGCUUGUUUUGAACAUUUGAUGGGGAGCAGCAUCCACAUUGAAAUAGAUCAAAUUAUAACUUCAUCUGCAUAAAUGUUUCACAGCUUGUAAGUUGGGGUUUGUUUACUGACAGCCACCAUUUUAAGAUUAGCUUUGGGAUCUCGUGAGUAGGGCAUUUGAGUGUGUGCAUUUGUGUGUGCGUGCAUUUUCUGGUGUGUAUAAUAUCUUAUGUGGAUGGCGAACACUUCUGCCUUGUUUGCCCACACUUAGUUUUAACAACUAUAUUAAGACAAUUCUACCGUUUUUUCUUAUAUACAUUCACGUAUAUACAUUCAAGUGUGUGUAUAUGUUUAUCCAAAUGAAGUACAUAAUCAGUUCUUUGGGUGUAUUGAAAUGUUUACCAUACACUCUAAGGCAGGCAAAAUGAAGUGCGUAUAUAUUUGGACUUCUACUAAGCAUGACCACAUCCAUGGGUGCAGCUCAGCUUGCCUGCGAAAACAUUGGUAGCCAUACACUUAACACAGGCUCGUAUGAGCCAUGCAUCCUUCCUUAACUCUUACUAUUAAUGUUCUCAUAUUGUAUGUACCCAUGUUUAAAGAAAAAAAAUAGUGUAUUCCUGAAAACCUCAAAGAUUGUACUAUAUUUCCAGCAUCACCAAGGUACCUGGAGUGGUUAAAGCUGUUCUAUAAUUUAUGGUUUAUUAAUGGAACCGUAAUAUACACACAUGUAUGUAUAUUGGUAUGUAUCUAAGUUUUUGUCUACCCCCAACUUACAUUCCCACAAGCAAAUGUUGCCAUUUUUUAAGUUCAAGGGAGCAAUGUACAAGCUGAGGAGUGUCUUAUUAUAAUAAAAUUAUACAGAGAAAGUUAAAUAAACUUCUUUUGUUUUAAUGGAAAA